UUUUGGGGGUUCCUGUGCUUCUCGUGCCAGUCUUCCAACCUGCGCUGGCAAUUACGUCAUCGCCCCGUUAUCACAAGACUUGAGAAGGGAAAUUUGCUCUAAUGAUGGAGAAGUCUCUAUUUUAGCUUGGUUUUGCAAGAUAAUAGCCUGCAUUGGCGAAAGGAAGAAUGGCUGAACGAUCCAGAGGGAAGUCCAAGAUCUACGAGCGCUUAAAUAACCCCGAACUUCGUUGCAAAACAGGGUGUGGUUUCUAUGGUAACCCAGCAUGGCAAGGUUAUUGUUCUGUAUGUUUCCGUGAAGUGUACAUGAAGCAGCACAAGACAAAAGGUGCACAGCAACGUGGUGCACAGCUUCUUUCCCCUGAGAAUGAAGGUCAAGUUGAACAGGCCGAGGAAGUGAAACUGAAAUUCAACAAAUUUGAGGAAAAGAAGAAAUUCAAAACUGAGUCUAAAAAAGAAAGUGUCAAGAAGUUAUUCAAGAAGAUCCCUGCUGGAAAGCUGUUGUCUCCUGCUGAUGGCUUGUCUAGACCUGUCUCAUCUCCAUCAUCAGGGUUUGGUUUUCCAGGUGAGUCCUCCAAGAGUUCCUCAUCGGAUUUCCGUGAGUUUCUCAAGACUCUGAAGAGACCAGCUGCCCAGGAUGUCAAUGAUAAAUGCAAACUGUUUGUCCAAAAGAUUCACAGCAAUCCCUCUUUUACUGUGGAGGAGAUGAGUGAAAUGGUCCAGGAUUUUUAUGUGGCCAUUGCCGAGCGCCUGCAGUCGCAUGUCCUAUUCAAAGGGCAACCUCAGGAGAUAUUGGACAGGACGCUAGACAACAUUGAGAAGUACAUAAUGACCAAACUCUACAGAGUUGUUUUCUGCCCAGCAUCAACAGAUGACGAAACCAAAGACCUUGAAUUGCAGAGGAAAAUAAGAAGUUUCCACUGGAUCACUCCACAACAUCUUGAUGCCGCCAUUGAUGAGUCAAUUGAACAGGUGCAGGAGUUGAUAGAGCAUACACAACACGACAUAAUAGAGAUUAACACCCGAAAAGCACCCCAGGACAAGCUUGGCUUAAUUCUGCGCUGCUGCAAGAAGAUAUUUAAGAUAAUCCACCUGUCAACCCCUAGUGGUGGGGCCGUCAGUGCUGAUGACUUCCUUCCAUGUCUGAUUUAUAUUGUUCUAAAGGCGAAUCCUACUAUGUUACACUCAAAUAUACAGUAUAUCUCAAGAUUUUGUAACCCCAACAAGCUGAUGAGUGGAGAAGCAGGGUACUACUUCACUAACCUUUGCUGUGUUGUUUCUUUUAUUGAUAAGCUUGAUGCACAAGCUCUAUCAAUGACCCAAGCAGAGUUUAACAAGAAGAUGUUUGGAGACGAGAAGGGACCUGUAUCAGAUCAGGACAGGGUAGAUGGAGAGUCGGAACCGGACGUCACUUGCAAGGGCCUUGAACUUAUGAAGGAAAACCUAGCCCUACUGUCUAGUCUUCGAGACAGACAGACCAAACUAAAGAGAGAUGCUCUUGCUUUACAAGGACAGAUGACGGAUUUCAGGAUCAACAUUGCUAAAGAGGUCGAUGCCAUUUUGGCAGGAAGAAGCAAAGGUAACAUGUACCUUAAGCCAUCAACAGACAUCCCUCAAGAUAUCCCACAUGGCUCAGCUGCCGACAGUGAUAGCACAAGUCAAUUCAAUGAGGCAGCUUCCGCGAGUAGAUGAUAUUAUUCCAUAAUUAUAAUGAUUAAUGUUAAAGAAAUUAUAUAGUAUAGAAUAUUUACAAUUUUAAAGGCAUGCUCAAUAACAUGUCAAUUUAUUUCUUGGAAGCGUGAAUUUACCCGCUAAAAUAGGCUGGUCGAGAUUUUUUGAGGCUCGAAAGUCCACCCAAAGUUAUUUGAAGUUAGAGAAGAGAACUAGCUCUUUCUUUUACCCAGUCUCGUCAGUUGUUAACUAGACAAGCCAGGGACCCUCUACACAUCUUCACGUACGCUGCCUUCGAAUUCUCGGAACAAUUCCGUUAUUUUCCGUCCCUGCCGUUCUUGUAGCCAUAGCAUUUCCCAGCCUAGUUCCAGGCGUUAUUAUCCCGAUUUCUGAUCGGCUGAUAAGGGCUGUGACGUUACAGGAGAGCUUGUAAGCUGUCUCAUGGUUCGUUUCCAUCCAAGGACAUGACUUGACCAAACAUUCCCUAUUUUUCGAAUCUCCCUGACACAUUUUUUACACCCCUACGAUGAUCAGCCAAAGGGUAUGAGGAGGAGCAGAAAUUCCCUUGCCGUCGUCCUUUGUAGCAUUCAGUAGUACACUACUUAUGUUCGUAUGGACAUUUUAAGGCUGAAUAUGUUCUUAACGAUGUUCUUAAAUGUUAGUGUAUAUAAGAAUAUAAUACCCAAUGAGAUAUUAGGAAGAGAAUUACACUAAUGUUCAAGAGCAAUAACAAGGUUGUUACUAUGAGCAGAAUUUGAUUCUGCAUUUUAGAACGCAUCAGGACUAAAAAUGAAAUAUGUUUCUGCUAUCUGAGGCUAGGCAUGUUCUUAAAAUUUUGUGAAAUCACAGUCUGGACGUUCUUAUAAAAAAGGUUCGUAUAAAAAAAGAGUGUAGUUCAGUAUAUUUAAAGCUAAGUAUAGUGAUCACCAAGCUAUAUGAGGAUAAAGAAUAGAAUAUUUAUAAUCAAAGAAAGAAGUAUAGCUGGUGAUAUGAGAUACAGUGAAUUGUGGACAUUCUUGCGAUGCAGAGUUUAGAAUAAUAUCAUUGUGUGAAUUUUUAUUAAACUGUAGUUUGUGGAA